CCUCCUUGUAAACAAGCUGACUGGACUUGACUUUUAAUGCGCGGUCUGAGAAGGUGGAAGUCUGGUCGGUCUUUCCGCCGCUGGCUGCGCUUCUCGGUCAUAUCGUCUCCUGAGGAGGCCAUGAUGUGGGGAGGUCUGCUCUUGGUGCUGACGGUGUCGGUGGCCUGUAUCACAGCCAAGAAGGCCCGUCAGGGAUGUCAGUCCAUAAAGAUGGACAUGUGUAGAGACGCUGGUUACAGGAGAACCAAGUUUCCGAACCGCCUGGGCCACCGCAAGCAGGACCACGCCGCGAACGACGCACAAUAUCACCUCCUCGACGUCAUCAUCAACGGCGAGUGUUCGGCACAUUUCAAGACACUGGCGUGCCUGUUGUACGCGCCCCCUUGCGAUAAUCUUGAGGACGACACCGGCCUGCCAGUGUACCCCUGCAGGAGUCUGUGCAGGGCUGCGAAAGACGACUGUCUGCCGUGGCUGGAGGCGAACGGGUAUCGCUGGCCACGGAUCUUCAACUGUUCCCAGUUCCCAGACCGCAGGGAAGAAAAAUGCAACGGGCAUGUGGAGAGGACAUCCGCUCAGUCAUUCACUGGGACGUGUGAGACUAUAACCAUACCACUGUGCGCCGACGUGAGCUACAGCACCGCUGGCUACCCUAACCACCUGGGCCAGGGCAGCCAAGAAGCGGCAUCCCUGGACGCCCACAUGUUCUUCCCGCUUGUGAAAGUCCAGUGUUCCCCGCAUCUGAAGGAGUUCGUGUGCGGCAUGUAUGCGCCCCCUUGCGACUCGCAGCGGAACGCCCCGCCCCUGCGCCCGUGUAGGAGCCUGUGCCAGGCCGCCAGGUCGGGCUGCGAGGAUUGGAUGAGCAAGUUUGGGUUCAGAUGGCCUGGAUCACUAGAGUGUGACCUACUGCCGACAGUAGGGGAAGAGGAAGACUGUUUUGGACACGUUCCUACCCUUCCUCCUCCGACAUACCCACCAGCAGAAGGUAAAUGCGAGGACAUCACUAUACCGUACUGUCAGAACUUACAGUACGGCAAAACGCGUUUCCCUCAUGCCAGAGAGGACAUUCUAGAUCAACAGGAAGCAAGCCGGGAGAUCGAGCAUCUAUUCAUGACCCAUUUUGGGCCCGACUGCUCUCCGCACCUGAGGCAGUUUGUGUGUCACAUGUAUGCGCCACCUUGCGGAAGCGAUGAGAUACCGCAGCUCCCCUGCCGCAGUCUCUGUGAGGCAGUGAGGGCUGAGUGUAUGGAGCGCAGCUGGCCAGAAAGCCUCAACUGCAACUACCUACCACCUGACGACGAGGCGCCUUGCGUAGGCAUUGUCGAGCCAACAGAAGCGCCGCCUAGCGUGUCACCAUCCGAGCUUCUUGAUAGGAUCCUGCGGGACUAUGACAGGAGGUUACGUCCAGACACGGGGCCAACCACCGUCAACAUCGGCAUGACCUUGCGAAGAAUCCUGGCACUCAAUACCAAGAACGCUCUUCUUACCCUACAUACCUGGAUCAACAUGGAAUGGAAGGACAAAAGGUUGAUUUACGGAAACACGGGAGUGAGGAGGCUGGAGAUAUCUGUGAGAUACCUUUGGAUGCCGGACAUCUUCCUCAUAUCAGGUGUUAAGGCAGAGGAGAUGCCGUUGCCCCUGACAACAGAAGCGUCCAUCUUUAGUGACGGAACCGUGCGGUAUGUCGUCCCCUGGACCUUCACUGUGCCGUGUAGGAAACGGUCAGAGUCGGACUGGGACUGCCGGGUGGUGUUCCAGUCGUGGAACAAGCCAGCAGAUGAGAUCGCACUGUCGCCCGUCGAACACUUUUUGGACGCGGAGGAAUACAACGGCGGCCUGCAGUGGAACGUCCAGUCGGUGUCAGCUGAUAGGCUGAUCACGAACGUGCGUGAUGAGGCAGACAAGUCCAGACUGAUCUUCACAUUGGUCGUGGCUAAACAUGUUUCUGAAAUCUAAGUAAAAGCUGCCAAGAUGCAGCUGCAAAUUUUAGUCAGAACAUUUUUGUCGAAAGGAAGUUUUUUUUAAAGAAUGAUGUAUCCGUUUCAUAUAUGGUCUCAUAAUUCACAAUGAGUCUUGAAAUGCAACGUGAAUGAUACAGCAAUUGCAAAACAGGAAACGAGUAACGUAGCUGCAUGUUCGUGGGAGUUGCAAUAAAGUAUUGUUGGUUCUCAGCAGUAGAGGCAAUACAGUAAGACCGAAGUUUGAACAUUAUAUUAUUAAUACAUUUUUAUAAUCUUCAUUUCUGUUACUGGUGACACAAGCGAUGUUGAUAUAUCUGUAGACAUGUGGCUUUGAUUGCCAAAUUGGUACAAUUUAGGUUCUUAUAUUUUCAUUAGGUCAGACAUUGUGUAGUGACUUUUAAUCUCUCUAUACCAAUUACAGUUCUAAUAUAGCCAGUAACAAGGUACGCGUUUGUAUGAAUAUUGAAGUAAUCACUAAAAUCCCUUGAAGUUAAAAUUGUUCAGUUUAUGAAAGCUAUGUGUGGAUGACUGUUAUCAUAAAAUGCAAAUGUUAUAUACUUAAUAGACCUCUUUUAAUGUUGCUCUCUGGCACCCCUCCCCGAACUUGUUCAAUGGAAUAGCCCUACGCAUCACAACUGGUACAGUAACUAUGGAUGUCAGGAUUCUGAAGCUGGCUUAUUCUCCCCCUAAAUAAAUGGCAUCGUCGCAGUGA